AUGGGAAUGCGGGUUGUGCUCCUGACUGGGGAUAACGCGAAAACCGCUGGCUCUACAGCUAAACAAGUGGGAAUUGCGGAUGUGUUUUCGGAAGUUCUACCGAAUCAGAAGCAGAAGAAAAUUCAGCAACUGCAGGUGUGUUCGUGGUUUUAUGCAGUUUACAUGGGUUAUCUC